UUUCUUUAUUGUUUGUUCAUCGUUCCUUCUCAGAAGGGCGGAGCCAAACGGAGGAAAAAAAAAACACAGUCGAUUUUGGAAAAAAAAAAAACCAUGUAUUCGUAUCAUCAUGGUUUGCGUAUGAAGCAGGUUAUUCAAGUUUCUUGGGAACCAAGUCUCUAACAUGUCUGCAAGAAGAGUAGACAAUGGCGUAAUCACGGCGAUCGCCAUUGAUAAGGACAAGAACAGCCAACACGCCUUGAAGUGGGCGGUUGAGAACAUCGUUGUCGAUGCUCCACAAUGUAUCCUUCUCCACGUUCAACAAGGAAACACAGGAGCACAUUUACAACAUGACACUCAAGACGAGGUGUACGAGUUCUUUCUUCCUUUCAGAGGAUUCUGUGCACGAAAAGGAAUUAAGGCCAAGGAGGUUCUUCUUCCCGAUAUUGACAUCGCCAACGCUAUUGUCAACUACAUCACCAACAAUUCAGUUUCAAAUAUCGUUGUUGGCGCAUCUACGCAGAACCCCUUUUUCAGUUACGAGCCAACGAACUCCUUCAACUCCACUGAUUCCGAGAGGGAAUCAUCUGUAUCUACCCAUCACAACAAAGCGCAGUCAGAUUUCAUCCAAUCCAAUUCACCUCGCAUCUCGUCACCACAAUCUCUAAGUGAGUUUUCUCGGUCAGAGACUGAUAAUAGCAGUUACGGUGUGGUAUCAACUGUGAGUUCUUACACCAUCUCUGAUAGUUCCACUACCAACGGAAGCUCCAUCUCUUCCACAUCAACGAUAACUGAUGCACUGGAGAGUCCACGUGCGUUAAACUUCGUGGAACAACAGAAUCAAACUCUUGAAGCAGAGGUGAGGAGACUGAGACUCGAGUUGAAGCAGUUUAAUACCCCAAAGGGAAAAGGCACUAUGAGCCAAAAAGAAAGCUCGCAAGAACUUGGAGGCAACGAAAUCCAAAGUGUAGACGAAGCAAUACAGCUGCCUAGAGCAUUGUCUAAGGAGAGGCAGACAAGGCAUUCUGCAAUCCAAGCAGCAGAAAUAGCAAAGCGUUUAGCGAAAAUGGAGAGCCAAAAGAGAAGAUUACUAGAGAUGCAGGCCAACUUGGAUAAACAGAGGAUCGUGAAUAAGGUCUCUUACAGGCGUUACAGUAUCAAAGACGUUGAAGGUGCAACCAAUGGUUUCUCAGACGCCCUAAAGAUUGGUGAGGGAGGUUAUGGACCUGUUUACAAAGCUGUCCUUGAUUACACUUCUGUCGCUAUUAAAAUAUUGAAGUCCAGUGUCACACAGGGCCUGAAACAAUUCCAACAAGAGCUUGAGGUUCUGAGUAGCAUGAGACACCCUAAUAUGGUGAUCCUUCUUGGUGCAUGUCCUGAAUAUGGUUGUCUUGUGUACGAGUACAUGGAAAACGGAACACUUGAAGAUCGUCUCUUCUGCAAAAACAAUACACCCCCACUUUCGUGGAGAGCAAGGUUCAGAAUAGCUUCUGAGAUCGCCACAGGGCUUCUUUUCCUUCACCAUGCAAAACCUGAGCCUAUAGUUCAUCGUGAUCUGAAGCCAGCAAACAUUCUACUCGACAGACAUCUCACUAGCAAGAUCAGUGACGUUGGUCUAGCUCGCCUUGUACCUACCUCUGUGGCUGAUAGCUUCACUAACUAUCACAUGACUUCUGCAGCCGGUACAUUCUGUUACAUCGACCCUGAGUAUCAGCAAACCGGAUUGCUCGGAGUGAAGUCUGACCUUUACUCUUUUGGUGUGGUGCUUCUGCAAAUCAUAACAGCCAUGCCAGCGAUGGGGUUAGGCCACAGAGUAGAGAUGGCGGUUGAGAAAAACAAGCUCCGAGAGAUUUUGGAUCCAACAGUAUCAGACUGGCCUGAAGAAGAGACUCUGGUGUUGGCUAAAUUGGCUUUGCAGUGCUGUGAGCUGAGGAAAAAGGACAGACCUGAUCUUGCUUCAGUUCUCUUGCCGGCUCUGAACACGCUGAGAGAGUUUGCAACAGAGGAUCAUGAAAGGAUCCAGGAGAGAACAUCUCAUGUGAUACACACUCACAAUUCAGCCCCGGUUCCUACCUCUCAGAUCAACCAGAAGCCGACAGUGAGAGUACCUGAGAGCAACAGAGAUCUAGAUCCGGUCAACACUCGUAGUCAUUCCGUACCAAGAAGAAGUCGACACCCAAGAUCAAACAGAAGCAAGAGCAAAGGCAAUUAUCGUUGGUUUUUCAUGAGUUGUGCUCCAUCCAGAGUUCAGUGGGGUGAUCUACCAUAGUGUGUGUGAAGUUCCGUAUAUCUUUUAUAUGAAACACUUUCAUAACUUUUUGACUUUUGAUAAUGUAAAAUGUAAUGAUUUGUUUAUUAUAUGGAAGAAUGUUUUGCAGGAAAAUGAACUUCUGUAACAGAGCAUAUUUUUCAGGCAACUUGCAAACACUGAAAUUUCAAGACUUUUUAGUAGGAACCAAGACAAUUACUCGUCUGAAAUAAACUAGACGACCAGAGGCUAUUGAGAGACAUACAAAAGCCACAAGACAUCAAACAGAAGACAGUCCAGUGAGAUAGAACCAGAGGAAAAUAAAUAUACAAUCUUUGAGAAUCAAGAAGUACCAUUUAUACUCACUCUCUCCUCGAUGAUUGAUCAAC